AUGGAUAAACCUCCUCCAUCUGCUAAACCGUCGCCGUCCCAGGGAAAGGCAAACUACGUGUCCUCGUCGGGCCAUGUUCUAGAGAGACCACCCCUCUCCGCCCGCAUCUCCCGCUUCUCCGACGACCUGUACAACUUCCUCGGCCUGUACCUUGUCUCCCUCUUCUCGCUGGACCCCUACACGGCCGCGCAGAACAGCCAAUUCAACACCCGCGGCCGGCCCAACGCUUAUCAAGACCGUCCGCGCUGGGGUGCGGGGAGUACUACACGACUCGGCGGCGGCGGGGGCAGCGGCGGUGGUGGCAGUGGUGGUUCUUGGGGAAGAGGUGGAGGUGGUGGUGCCGGCGGUCCUGGUAGUGGGCCGAGGAGGAUGGGAGGGAUCGACGACGUGCGCGGCCCAGAGUGUGGAAGUUGUGGGUGA